GUACCCGUUUCUUUUUAAAGAAAUCAAGGCUGCAUGUGCUAAUGCUUGUUUUGAUUUUCCUGUUAGGAAGGCGAUGUCCUACUAUAGAUUUAGCGAAUGGCAGAAUAGUAAAAUCAAAUGACUUGCGGCUAGGUGAUGAAAUAACUCUAGGCUGUGAUGAGGGGCACAGAAUGGUAGGUGAAAAGACUCUUCGAUGUAGGCUUAUUCAAAACAAAGUUGAUUGGGAUAAAGAACUUCCACUUUGCCAACGAGUCCCCUGUUUCCCCCCUCCUAAGAUUGCCAAUGGUCAACACAGUACCACAUCUGAUGGAGAGUAUAGCUAUGGCACAUCAGUGACGUACACUUGUGAUCCUUAUCACUCACUUAUUGGAAACCGUACUAUUACAUGUUUAGUGGCUGCAGAUGGUGUAACCGGAGAGUGGCGUCCAGCUGCACCUGAAUAUUCCGCCACCAUCAGUCCAGUUAGAAGUACCAAAAAACCAACUUCUAGCACAAGACCUACAAACAAACCACUGCCGACUCCUGCAGGCGAUCCAGAUUCUGACAACACCCCAGCAAUUAUUAUCGGAUUUGUCCUGGCUUGUUUAGUUGUGCCUUGUCUAGUUACUGCGUUUUGGAAAUACAGGUCUUCCAUGAAAAAUAGAGGACCUGAAGCUCCUUCUAGGCCUGCUCAAUUUGACAAGUCGGUAUCAAAAUCUGGAUUGGAACCCAAAGGUUCUCAAUUGAACAAAGUUUCUUCAGUACAACUGUAAUCCAGCACCCUUCCAGCUGAUCAUUAAUUCCUAACAGUUCUGAUUUUUACAACUGGAAAUGAGAAUUGAGGGAAGGACUAUGUGGAAAGUCAAAGCAAUUUUCAUUAAAAACUGGCUAUCCAGGCUAUUCAGCUACUUGAAGCAUGAAGCAGUACUAGACCCCAACACAACUCUCAUCAUUUGCUCUUACUUUUGCGUAGAACUGGGUUCCAGUUUCCCUUGAAGAAUGUCUCUUUAAGUGCCUUAAUCAAAUACAGAGCCAAACAGAACUGAUUGUGUAUCUAUGCUGGCAAGGUGUUUUACUAUUUCUUCAAACCUUGUAAAGAUGUAAUGGGUUCUGUGUAGGAAAUGUGAAAUGUUACCAUUUGUUUCCUAGAAUCUUGUUCAUCUCAUGAAACGGAGGGGGCAAGUGUAGCUGUUAAAAUUUACCAAACUUUUGACUUCCUCAAGCCUUUCUCAUGCAGAAUUCUAAAAGCUGCCUUGAUUUCCUUUUCAAAAGUGUAAACAAUAAUAUAUGCCUAAUAUUAUAUGUGCCAUAUAUGUCAUAGGCAAACAAAAGCUCUGCAUCCUUAACCAAAAAAAUCCAGGAACACUUUUACAACACCUUAAUUUCAGUGGGAACAAGUUAAGUAAAAUAACUCUCCCAUUAAAAUCAUUUAGAGUGAAAAGUGCAGUGCUUCAGAUAGCUUGAAUUCAAGCUUGCUCUAUUCAUGAAGGUAUUUUGUCUGUUAUACUUUGUUUUUUUAAAUCUAAUUG